GUGUGUGUGUGAGUGAGAGGUUACUCGCGGCUGGAGAUGAUUAGAUUCAUAAAUGAUCUCAAGGUGUUUCUUAUUUUAGGACACUCGUCUCACUGUUUGGUCUGAGUUUUGAGUGAAGUUCAGUGAAAUUUUUACCUGGAACGACACAUUGCCUGAAGCUGUUUUAUCAGACAGCCAACUUCAACUGGGGUUUGUGCAAAUUUGAAAUAUAAUCCCAUCAGAGAUACAUGGCAUGGACUGGAGAUUUUUAAGAUGAAGCAGAUCAGAAGAUUGUGAGGAGGAAACAUACUUGAAGAAACAGAAAGAGGACAUUUUAAAGACUAAAAAGAAAACUAAAAUUAGCAUUAACUGUUGUUGAUCACCUAAGUGACUUAUACCAUUUGAUGAACUGUUAUUUAUUUUCAGUGUACUGCUGUGAAUGCUAUAUUGUUUGAAGCGUGUUGCUCCAGCGUUUUUGCCACUGAGCAGAGGUCAGCAUCUUGCGAAUCUACCAAAGACAUUUACUCUGAAGAGUGUGAAGCUCUCACUGGUCACUGUGGGUGACAGAAACCUUACGAGCAGCUGUAACCUCUCACUCGUCUAAGCCAGUAGGUCACACACGGUCAUAGGCCAAAUGGCUGAGUGUUUGGAACUUCCACGUGUCCGUUCGGACAGCUCGUCCAGUAGCACGUCCCAGUCCACCACGGGCCGUCUGAUGCUGCGGCAACGGCUCUCGCAGCUGCUCACCUGCGUGGAGGACCUGAGCUCGGACGAAGAGACUAACGAGGAGGUGUCCCGCACACUGGACGAGGCCUUCAACCUGUGCGGACGCUGGACCAACAAAGAGUUCCUCAGGCUUCACAUGGUCACGUGGAACGUUGCCACAGCGGAACCCCCUCGUGAUGUCACCUCUCUGCUGCGGCUGGACUCGCAGACUGCUACUGACCUCUACGUGAUUGGUCUGCAGGAGGUCAGUGCUACACCAGUCAGGUACAUAUCAGACCUCAUCGUAGAGGACUCCUGGAGUCACCUCCUCAUGGACACACUGGCACCAAAAGGCUAUGUUAAGGUCACAUCAGUAAGAAUGCAAGGCCUUCUGAUCCUCCUGUUUGCCAAACAAGCUCAUGUUCCCUACAUCAGGAAUGUCCAGACCACCUACACUCGCACAGGCAUCUACGGGUUCUGGGGCAAUAAGGGCGGAGUGUCCAUCCGCUUCUCCUUCUACGGACACAUGCUCUGCUUCCUCAACUGCCACCUGGCUGCGCACAUGAACUACGCCCUGCAGCGGGUCGACGAGUUUGAGUACAUCCUAGACACUCAGGACUUCGACGUCAACAACACACCGAAUGUCCUCGACCACAAAGUGGUCUUCUGGUUUGGUGAUCUGAACUUCCGUAUCGCUGACCAUGGGAUGCACUUCCUGCGUUCAUCCAUCGAGGGCGGCCGGUUCAACCUGCUGUGGACGAAAGAUCAGCUGACUGUGAUGAAGAAGAAGGAACCUCUGCUGCAGGAGUUUGAGGAGGGGCCUUUACAGUUCAAACCCACCUACAAGUUUGACAGGAACUCUGACACGUAUGAUUCCAGCUUUCAGAAGACAUGGUUUGGCUUUAAUGGGAAGAAGAGGAAGCCGGCCUGGACUGACCGCAUCCUGUGGCGAAUCCGACCCAAGACAGACGAUGAUGAGGGCUCCUCCAGGACAUCGCUGCUAGUGGACGAUGACGAGGAGUAUCCCCUGAAAGUGGCGCAGGAUGUCUACACCAGUAACAUGGAGUACGGCAUCAGCGACCACAAGCCUGUCAUCGGCAUCUUCACCUUGGAGAUGCGUAAGAAGUUUGAGAGGCCUCUGGUGACAGUGGAGGCAGAGGGCCUAUGGAGUGCUGACGAGAAUGUUCUGGUCUCCUACACCAUCCAGGAGGCCUUCCCCGCCUCCACCUAUGACUGGAUCGGCCUCUACAAGACUGACUUCAAGAGCCCCCAUGACUAUGUGGCCUUUACCUGGGCAAAAGAUUAUGAGGUUCCCGUUAAUGAUCUUGUGAAGGUGUGUAUGAAGGGAGACGAUCUUCCGCUGCUCUCUGGGCAUUAUAUCCUCGGCUACUACAGCACCAACAUGCAGAGCAUCGUGGGACUCAGCCGCACAUUUCAGAUCCAGGAAUCCAAACAAGCUGUCCUGGAGGGUCUUGUGCCGGAGAACAUCAAUGGACUGGACAAGUGAGACUGCACAGAGGUCCCCAGAGAGAGAGAGAGAGAUCCACUUGACGCCCAGCUGUGACGGAGCUGAACAUUGCCACGUGCACCUGCCAUUUGUUCAGUGUGCCUUCUAGGAGUCUCCAAAUGAUGUACUUCUCACCAUGCGUGAUUGUGUCAGUGAAAGAUCAGUUCUUUGAUGAGUUCUGUUGUAAGUCUCUUGUGCUUUUAGGCUUUUAUUUCCUCUUUUAUUAUGUCACUGCUAUUGUUUUGUCACUCUCUGCGCCAAUGAGAGCACCAGAAUAGAAGGUAUUAAUUGUUUUGGUUUAAUUAUGGAGAUUAUAUGAUUGUUUGUGCAUUAGCUACUGUGUGUAUGUGUGUGUGUGUGUGUCUGUGUGUGCAUAGAGAAAACAUAUUUCUCAUAUCAAGUGCUUUCCUGAAUAUUGUACCUGUGUUGGAUGCCUUUUUGUUUGUGGAUUUGUGAGUGAUUGUAAUUGCGUGCAUGUUUAUGUGAAAUAAGAGCAGGCCUAUUGACGAUACAAAUGUACACACUCAUAUGUAAGAAUACACACACACACAUACACAUACACACUUACACAAACACACAAAUUGACGCACAAAAUUCAUGAAUGAGAGAGAGAAAGAGGCUUUUCAGUAUGUUGAUGUUAAUUAAUUUGAUGUAAAGCAUCCCUCCUGAGUAUGGAAAUGUAAUGAUUUAUGCAUACCAAAAUGAUCAUAAUUAUAAUGGAUCACAU